CUCCAGCUCCAGUGUUGCCGAAGGUGCACUCGGCCAAGGGGCAGCAAGCACUACGUCAGCCAGAGAAGUGGCAGCUCAUCUCAACAUCAAUCUCGUCGACGUCGCCAACCACACCACGACAGUACCCAGGCCUGCUGGUUCCGAGACCACCAACACUACCCAACCAGGCACAUCAAGAUCCAGAACGUCUACUUCGUACCUACGCCCCGGGCCGUCGCAGCCGACGUCACCUUUGUUCCUCGGACGCACGAUAGCGGAUCGUCAACGAGCCCACCACAAUCGCCAUUGGCCUUGUGACUCGACAUUGCAGCCCGUUUAUAAGAAUCACUCUCGGCGUCCGCCAUGUGGCGAGAUCGCACUAAUUUAUACAUCUCGUACAGACAGUCGUACACACACCAUCCCGCCAAGAAGACUCGAUACGGGCCCGGACCGGGCGGAGGCAGCAGCAUCGGCGGCGGCGGCGGCGGCAACCAUAGAGGGUUCGGUGCGGCCUCCGAUGGCUUCGGACGCAGCAGUGCACUGGCCGGCGGCAAUGAAGACACACAGGGCCUUCUCUCGGGGGCCGACUACCUCGACGAUGGCGACGCGGUUAUCGAGAUGGACCUGCUCCCCCCGCGCUGGGCAGACGUCAGCGACGAGGUGACCGAGCACCUAGAAAAGAUAGCCAAGCAGUCGCACGCGCUCGAGCGGCUGCAUCAGAAGCACGUCCUGCCCGGGUUCAAUGACGACGAGGCCAAGAAGGCCGAGGAGGACGAGAUCGACCGCCUCACGAGGAGCAUCACACGCGCGUUCCACGACUGCCACAAAUGCAUACAGACGGUCGAGCAGAUGGUGCGCGAGAGCAGGAGUAGUCCGCAGGGGAUGACUUCCGCAGAGGAGACCAUGGCGCGGAAUAUCCAGGUGUCGCUGGCUGCGAAAGUACAAGAGGCAUCGGCGGGCUUCCGGAAGAAGCAGAGCGCAUAUCUAAAGAAACUCCGCGGGAUGUCUGGUUUAGAACGAUCAAGCACACCACUAGGCGGCACCUCCUCCUCAUCGGCAGCCUACGCCGCAUCAUCAGAGGCGGACCCUUCUCUCCUCGAGUCGGAGUCGGACAAGUCGUAUAGCGUGUCAGCUCUGCAGACGCAGCAGCACCAGACGCUUCUGCACAGCAAUGACGCUGUCAUCGCCCAGCGCGAGCGCGAGAUCGAGAGCAUCGCGCAGGGCAUCAUCGAGCUGUCCGACAUGUUUCGCGACCUGCAGACCAUGGUCAUCGACCAGGGCACCAUGCUCGACCGCAUUGACUACAACGUCGAGCGCAUGAACACGGACGUCAAGGGCGCCGAGAAGGAGCUCAUCAUCGCAGACGGCUACCAAAAGAAGACGACCAAGCGAAAGCUCAUAUUGCUCUUAUUACUGCUGAUCGCGGGCGCAAUAAUACUACUCGUCAUUACGAAACGGUAGUUACUGUCUGGGUGCCUGGAUGUUUUGCGUGUUGCACACGCCCGCGAAGCAGGAUCCGUGCGAAGCAACUUGGUUGGGGAGCAAGAGUGAUCUAUGCAAUGAGACGGGGUGCUUAUUCGAA